AUGGGCGUCAUCAAGCUCCAUCCGAACAACGUCGAGCGCGGCAACUGCCCGGAGCUCGGCAUCCACCGCCACUCUUUAUCCAGGCAGAUUUACUCCUGCCCUCAACCCCAUGGUUCCUGGGACCCCCGAGCGUCCCCGCGCGACGCACCGUCAGCAACCCACCACAGCUACGAGAUACAGCGCUUCGAGAAGAUUGCCAGACGCCUCAACUGGAAGUUGCUGCACCUGUCUAACGGGUUCAGCCGGGCCAGCGACGUGCAUCUCAGCCCGGACCAGCGAGCAGAGUGCGAAACCAUGUUUAAGCUGGACUUCUACGAGUUUUACAUGCUGCUUGAGCGGGCUCUGGUGCACCUGCUGGGCGUCUUUGACAUCGUCGUGACGCGGGACCCGAUCUCUGGCAACGGUUCUGGGCCGAUGCUGAGGGACGGGGCCCACUCCUACCACCAUAACGUGCUGGCCGCCUUAGACGUGCCGGAGAACGAGCUGCACCGAGUGCUGGGCAAGGGAGAAGCUAGGCGCUGUCUGGCCAAGGCGAAGGAGAUGAGGAAUAGGUGGAAGUACCUGGACGACACCGCAGGCAAGGGCAUCGGGGAGAUGGCCCUAGAAGAGUACGAGGUCGACAAGAUCCUGCAAACAAUCCUCGAUGCGUUCCAGGAGGCGUACGAGAUUGCCAAGGAGCGGUUGGCUAGCGAAGUUGGUGAUAAGAAGGUGGAACCAGUUGAUUGGAGCUUCAUAGUGGAUGCCAUGGACUGGGAAGCUGUCUAG